AUGAAUGUAAAUAUCUGUGGUGGCGAUGAGGUUUUGUCAUCUGCAGCAGGAAAGAAUGAAACUGAUGAUUUGGAGGAUGUCUGCCACAGUAGCAAUGCAAGGGCAAUGACUGAUGAAUUCUAUGCGAGUGACAUAAAUACAUCUAGCAUCCCUACCAAAACCAAGUGCAGUCCUCCCAAGCAGCCUCACUACAACCUGGACAAAACCAUCGAGCUCGUUGUCAAGCUCCUUCGGUUCUUAGUUCCCCUGAUCAUACUGGGCAUAGCCGUUGGCAUCCGUUUCUAUACUAGAUCAUCAUCUCAGGGAGUGAGAAUCUACAGGGGCAUUGAAAUCCAAUCUAUAAUAAACUUAUAUUGGUGA